AUGGGUGAAAAUUUACAUAAAAAGUCUGACUUAGAAGUUGAAAAUGAGAAUGUCGUUGUUGACUCAGUACUGAUGCAUAAAGCUACACCAGAAUAUCUUCAAGAACUACUAAAAGACAAAAGGCAGCUGCAGAACUUCCCAAACAUAUUUUUACAUCUAGAAUUCAUUUUAGAGAAAGAAAUUACUCGCGUAAGGCAAAAGCUAUUUCAUUUAAACGAAUCAGUAAAGAAAACUGAAAACGAGCUUCCAGUACCCUCCGGAAAUAUUGUGUCAUUACAAGAGAAGGUGUUUGUUCCUGUGAAGGAAAACCCCAAUUAUAACUUCGUUGGACGCCUUCUCGGUCCGAGAGGAUUGACUGCAAAACAGCUUGAACAAGAUUUGGAGUGUAAAAUCAUGGUGAGAGGUAAAGGAUCACUUAGAGACAAAAGAAAGGAGGAUUCAAACAAAGGAAAACCAAACUGGGAACACCUGGAUGAGGAGUUGCAUGUUCUGGUGAGCGUCGAAGAUUUUGAAAGUCGUGCGGCGAUUAAACUGAGAAGAGCGUCUGAAACAAUUCGUGCAUUUCUUGAGCAAGGAGUGAGAACGCCAGAAAAUGAGGACAGAUUGAAACAAUUACAGUUAAUGGAAUUGGCUGUUCUAAAUGAUAAAGAUCGUCAGCAAGCACAUAUUCAACAAGUUCAACAACACCAACAGCUCAUAUUACAACAUCAGUCACUUACUGUAUUAAAUCAUCAAGCGGCUGCAGCAGCGGCAGCUGCAGCAGCUGCAGCUCAAAUAUUACCAUCAAAUAAAUAUUCUUCAACUAAUAUUUUACCUCAGAUUCAAUCUCAGGUACUUCCUGUAUCACUGGCAACAAACUGUUUACUUCCUGGAACGGUGAAUUCUGCAUUAUCUCAAGCUAAUUCAAUACAUUCCAUUCCAAAUAAUCAAUUAUCUCAUUCUAUCCCAUCUUUUAGCUCAGCGAAUUUAUCUACGUAUUUACCAAAUAAUAAUAUAUCCGGACUUUUAUAUCCUUUGACGGCAAAUGCAGCUUUAUCUGCAGCCGUCAGUACAGGAUCAGCUACAAAUAAUGGGCAACUUAAUCUAACUCUUCCUUUAAGCCAAAUCGCCGGCGGUAUUACUGGGAAUGGACUUUCUGGUUUAUCCUUGCCGAUUGGUUCUACGUUGCAUGCAGCCAGCCAUGAUCAGUUAGCUGCUGUUGCAGCUGCUCUCCUUAGUGGAAGUGGAACAGGAGGUAUUGGUGCAAGUAAUUCAAAUUUACAGUUAUGCAAUGGUAACGUGAAUAAUCCUGUAUCAGGUGCUCAUAGUUACCCUAUCACUUCACAUACAUCACUUGCAGAUGCUGUAAAUAUUCUGGAAUUCAACAACGCAUCAAAUACACAAGAAACUGGUUCAGGACCACUUAAAUUACGUUCCUUGCAAGCCACAUCAUCCACAGUUUCUCGAAUGCAUCCAUACCUAAGACAGUAA